AGGAAGGAUGAGGAAGUAGCAGGAGAUGACGGGAUGUAGCCACCUGCACCCACAGACUGCCGGCUGUCAGCUCGGUACUAGCUCUGCAGCUGGAGUUUAGGAGGAUUUUUGACAAUGCGAUGGGUAACUGCUGGGCAUACUGUGUUGGGCUCUUCCGGAGAGAAGCCAACAGGAUCCAGAGAGGAGGCGGGUCCAAAUAUUUCCGCAGCAGUACCACAGGGGAGCAUUACACAAUAGAGUUCGAGAACCUGGUGGAGAGUGAUGAGGCUGAGAGCCCCCAGCCCUGCCCCAGGCCCAUCAGUGAAGAUGAGAUCAAGCACCUCCGAGAACACCGCUACGCUGCGAUCUCUGACAGACAGGUCCAGAUUGACAAGAAGCUACAAGCGGAGUUAGAGGCACAAGAGGAGAAGUUAAGGCUAGAAGAGGAGGCUAGAAAUGCUGCCCAGCGUGAGGCCGCCAGGUUGGCACGUGAACGCAAAAUGAAGGAGCAGCUGUCUGCCCAGAGGACACAGGGGAAAGCAGAUGGCUCUGGCAGUGAAACUCAGCAAAGAAAACAAAUGUCCGGGGAGGAUUUUGACGUCUACCUCCAGAAUGUACGGGCCCAGUCAGAGGCUUUUAGGAGCAACAGACUUCCAUCUGACACGAAUGUGGUGACUCCAAACACAGAGUGCAGCUGGGACUUCACCACCAAGACCCGCUCCACCUACGAUGAUGGUACCUCAUUAGAUCUAGAGUGGGAGGAUGAAGAAGGAAUCAACCGGGCACUUCCUCCUUGGGAGCGGUCUCGGACGGAGGAGGACAUCUUGCGUGCGGCCUUGAAGCCCGGCUCCAAGCCAAUGAACAGUGGGCCGACCUCAGUGUCCGAGGACUCCAAUGCACUGGAGUGGGAGAAUGAUUUUGUGAGUACUCAUCCGGAGGACAAUGCAGACACUGAGUUUGAGGGCUUUGUUAAUCCUGUCCUAGACACUCCGUCUGAGGACACGUCGGACUGUGGCCUCAGGUUGGACACCCAGGACAGAUAGUGUCCGGCACCAAAGAGACGUUUCCUGUGCCCUGUUCGUGUCUGAGCUCACCAGCUUUUUGCUUCAUCAAAUAAAAAUGUCCUUAUUGCUCUUCA